AUAUUACAACUCGCAAUCUCUCCAAUCAACCCCCAAUCCUUUUCUCCUUCGCGUCUCUGCCAUUUACAGUUCUGCAAAUUAGGGUUUAAGCAAGCAAAAGCUAGAGAAGUGUCGAUUUCUUCUGUUAGUUCUUGGAUCUCUUUGAUUAAUAGUGUAAUCGUAACCUCGGAAGAUCCAAGAUGGCUCGUAAUGAAGAGAAAGCGCAGUCGAUGCUCAACAGGUUCAUCACCAUGAAAGAAUCUGAGAAGAAGAAGCCCAGAGAGCGUCGACCUUACCUUGCAUCUGAAUGCCGAGAUCUAGCUGAAGCUGACAAAUGGAGACAACAAAUCAUGCGAGAGAUCGGUAGCAAAGUUGCUGAGAUUCAGAACGAAGGAUUAGGCGAGCACCGACUCCGAGAUCUAAACGACGAGAUUAACAAGCUUCUCAGGGAGAGAUAUCACUGGGAGCGGCGAAUCGUUGAGCUGGGAGGUCCGAAUCACUCGAGACACGGGGCGAAGAUGACGGAUCUAGAAGGGAACAUCAUCGAUGUACCGAACCCUAGUGGGCGUGGUCCUGGGUAUCGUUAUUUCGGUGCUGCCAAGAAGCUUCCUGGAGUUAGAGAGCUUUUCGAGAAGCCUCCGGAGCUGAGGAAGCGUAAAACUAGGUAUGAUAUAUACAAGAGGAUAGAUGCUAGCUAUUACGGGUAUAGAGAUGAUGAAGAUGGUAUUUUGGAGAGUUUGGAGAGGAAUGCUGAAGGAGUGAUGAGGAAAAGAUCUGUUGAGGAGUGGAGGAGGUUGGAUGAGGUUAGGAAGGAAGCUAGGAAAGGUGCUACUGAGGUUGUGAGUGUUGGAGCUGCUGCUGCUGCAGCUAAGGAGGUGUUGUUUGAGGAGGAAGAGGAUGUGGUUGAGGAGGAGAGAAGGGAGAGGGAGAAAGAAGAGGAGAAAGAGAGGGAGUUUGUGGUUCACGUUCCGUUGCCUGAUGAGAAGGAGAUUGAGAAGAUGGUGUUGGAGAAGAAGAAGAUGGAUCUGCUUAGUAAGUAUGCUAGUGAAGAUUUGGUUGAGCAGCAGACUGAAGCUAAAUCCAUGCUUAAUAUUCAUAGAUAGAAAGAAAGGUGAUCAUCUUUUUCUUGCAAGGUUUAAAUCAUACCAUGAUAUGUGACUCUAUCUGUAUCUUUAGUUUUUUUUUUUGCAAUUCGUGAUCAAGAAAUUGACUGACUUGUUGUGUGUUUUAAGAAAUUUCGAUCAGUUAUUCUGAAAACUUAUUGAUGUUUCAUA